CGCUGGCAUUAGGAGGAGGAGCAGAUUGCGGUUUACAUAUUUGAAACUGUUGAAGCCGCUCACAUAGAGAAGAAACUCCUACAUAACAACACAGAAGUGGAAGAUGUUCCAGUGCAUUUCUUUGACUCGCAACGCUGUUGCUUUUCGCAACUGUAGUGCGUUGGUGCUGGUACGAUAUGCCCAGACAGCAGCUGCCCCUGCCCCUGAGCCAAAAAUAAAGAAAUUUCAGAUUUACAGAUGGGACCCUGACACACCUGGUGACAAGCCCCGCAUGCAAACCUUUGAGGUUGAUUUGAACACAUGUGGUCCAAUGGUUCUUGAUGCUCUCAUCAAAAUUAAAAAUGAAAUGGACUCGACACUCACCUUCAGACGCUCAUGCAGAGAGGGUAUCUGUGGCUCAUGUGCUAUGAACAUCAACGGGGGUAACACCUUAGCCUGCUUAGACAAAAUAGAUACAAAUACCAGCAAAGUGACAAAGAUUUACCCCCUGCCUCACAUGUAUGUUGUAAAAGAUCUAGUCCCUGAUAUGAGCAACUUUUAUGCACAGUACAAGUCUAUUGAGCCCUAUUUAAAAAAGAAGGACGAGUCAAACCUGGGAAAAGACCAGUACCUCCAGUCAGUCGAGGACCGUCAAAAGCUGGAUGGCCUGUAUGAAUGCAUUCUGUGUGCGUGCUGCAGCACUAGUUGUCCUAGUUACUGGUGGAAUGGAGACAAGUACCUUGGUCCAGCUGUGCUCAUGCAGGCGUACAGGUGGAUGAUUGACUCUCGUGAUGACUUUACAGAAGAGCGUCUGUCCAAAUUACAGGACCCUUUCUCCCUCUACCGCUGUCACACAAUAAUGAAUUGUACAAAGACAUGUCCCAAGGGACUCAAUCCUGGAAAAGCCAUAGCAGAAAUUAAGAAAAUGAUGGCGACUUACCAAGCAAAGAAAUCAUCUGCCAUCUGACUUGUAAAUGCAGGAAAUAUGCAGGAAAUAUCACUUGGUUUAUUUGUUGUGUAAAUGUGUGAAUUCAGCAUGGAGUGUUUGCUAAUAUGGGAUAUUUAGUUUUUAUAUAUAUUUACUGCUAAUGAAAAGUACACUUCCAGUCAAAAGUUUUUGAACAGCAAGAUUUUUAAUGUUUUUUUUUUAAGAAAUCUGCUCACCAAGCCUGCCUUUAUUUGAUCCAAAGUACAGCAAAAACAAUACAAUUUUGAAAUAUUUUUACUAUUUAAAAUAAUUGUUUUCUAUUUGAAUAUAUUUUAAAAUGCAAUUUAUUUCUGUGAUCUAAGCUACAUUUUCAGCAUCAUUACACCAGUCACAUGAUCCUUCAGAAGUCAUUCUAAUAUGCUGUUUAAGAAACAUUUAUUAUUAUUAUUAUUAUUAUCAUCAAUAUUUAAAACAGUUAAGCACAUUUUUUCAGGAUUCUCUGAUGAAUAGAAAGAUCCAAAGAUCAGCAUUUAUCUGAAAUAAAAAGCUUUUGCAACAUUAUACACUAUGCUAUUCAAAAGCUUGGUCUAUAAUUUUUUUCAUUUUUGGGAAAGAAAUUGCGGAAAUUAAUACUUCUAUUUUGCAGGGAUGCUUUAAAUUGAUCAAAAGUGAUAAUAAAUGUUUUCAACAUAAUUUUAAUAUUAAAAUGUUUUUUUGAGCAGCAAAUCAGAAUAUUAGAAUGAUUUUGAAGGAUCAUGUGACUGGAGUAAUGAUGCUAAAACUUCAGCUUUAAAAUCAAAGGGAUUAAUUAAGUUUUAAAACAGGUUUUUUUUUAAAUAGUAAAAAUAUUUAAAAAUUGUACUGUUUUUGCUGUACUUCGGAUCAAAUAAAUGCAGGUUUGGUGAGCAAAGAGACUUAUUUAAAAAAAAGAGAAAAACAUUAAAAAUCUCACUGUUCAAAAACUUUCGACUGGUAGUGUAUAUCUACAACAGGACCUGCAUUUCAUUUCCAUUUGAACCUGAUUGUAAAAUUAAUGUAAAAAUGGCAUAUUUAAUAUAUAAUAGCAAUAUUUAUAUUGUGUCCUAGUUUUACAGUGUGCUAAAUCAUGCUAUCUAUCUAUAUUAAUUUUAUCCUUUAGAACUGUUUUGAACUUCAGGCUUUUACAACUACUUCAAACUUAGCAAUAUUAUACAAACUAGAUUCCUACUGUACACGUAAUACUUGCUAUAAAAAUAUAUACAAAUA